CCCCUCUCUCUCUCUCUCUCUCUCUCACACACACACACGCACAAGCGCGACGAUGUUGAGACUCUGUUAAACAUGGCUACUGACGAGAAAAGACCCAAGAAGGGCAUUCUCAAAAAUUCUUCAAGUUUUGAUAAACCUGACCAAACUUCGGUUGACUUACAUGGAGCCAGUAGCAGAGUGCAAGGGCGAAAAGAAACAAAAUGGGAUGAGAUGAAUAUCCUUGCCACACACCAUCCUCCUGGUAAAGACUAUGGCCACAUGAAAGUUGAUGAGCCUCCUACGCCCUAUGCCAGACUCUCAGAUCAAGAAGACGACGAUGAGGAAUGCUCAACUAGCAAAGCCAAAUCAAAGAAAGGAAAACAGAGGAGCUUUGAUGCCACAGAAGAGCUAAACCCCACUGACCUUAUUGAAAGGUUACAAGACAGUAGAGCUGCCAAAGUGUUAAGCAAUGACUCAGAAGGCAGUUCCGAAGAAGAAACUGAAACUGAAGAGAUGAAACAGCAACACCUAUUGUUGAGAAGAAGCGCAAGCUACAUUAUAAUGAAUACCAGGCUGUACUGCUGGCGAAGAAACUGAUGGAGGAAGAGGAGGAGGAUGAAGAUGACGAGGCGGCGGAUAAUGAAUAGGACGGCAACACAGCACAGCCUUGUCGAACCUUUAAACAUCUCAGUAAUCGGCUGCUGCAUUUGCUGCCCAGUGGUGCAUCAACUCUGUUGCUUCCUAUCUAUAUACCAUAGGACAUAUAUGUAUACACACACACACAAGCACACAUGUAUUUAUAUAUAUAUAUAUAUAUAUAUAUAUA